GUCAUUUGUUUUACCGAAGCUUAGUUUACGUUAAGGCUUCUCCGUUUUCAUGAUAGGUCCACACAUGUAAACAAUUACUGCAAUAUUUCCCUACAAAUAUAGCUGGAAAAAAACAACUAUAAGAGCUUGUCUGCACUGGGAAGAAGAAAAAUCAACCUCACGGAUGAUGGCAGAACACGGAGCGCCCUGCGAUGGGUGGGAGGCCACUUAUUGCAUGAACGGGGGGACAUGCUACAAAAUCGCCUCGAUGGACACGCUCUCCUGUGUGUGCAAUGACAACUACAAAGGGAGCAGAUGUGAGCAGUUCCAACUCCUCCUCAGAUCCUCCGAAGCUGAGCAGGCUGGUUUAAUCGCAGCGCUGGUCAUAGUGGCCCUCUUCAUCUUAAUGGUCUUGGCUGUUAUCAUCUUCUUCACACAUAGGAUGCUGAAAGCCAGAAACCAGAGCCGACAGAGUCAGCAAGCGUAUUGGAAAAUACAACCGAGAGUAUGACGAUCGCUUCGAGUGAGGUAUUUCUGAGUGAUUAAGACUGCGAGCAGGAAGGGGGAAAAACCACAUUGCCAACACAAGAGCUGACUCGGCAUCAAAUUUAGUUUUCCACAAUAAGAUGAAGUCACAAUCAUUGUGGAAAUACAUCUGGAGCUCGCCAUUUUGGUGUUAUAGAGGAACUCUAGAAGUCCAACAGACUAUGUUCCAGCAUGUUGGUCCAAUUUGUUCCAAUUUCGUUUCGGAAUCACCCCCUUGUCAUAAAUCCGUUAUUAACUGCAGAAGCCAUGUUUUUAGUAACAUUGCAACUUUGCUAGGCGUCAGAAAAGUCCACUAAGAAGUUCACUGUAAAACAGAAAAAAAAAUUAACUUUGAUGACGAGGGACAGGUGGCAAGCAGCUCUCUUUCUUGUGUACUUUCUGUUCUUCUCGUUUGAAUUGAAUUGUCGCUUCCGUCGUCUUUUAGCGAGCAGCCAGGACAGAGUACAGUCACAUUUUCAGUUCUAUGGUCGCCAUUGUAAAACUGUUUAUGUGACCUAACGCAUGAUCUCGUUUCAUUGUGCCAUUAGUGAAGUGAAUUAUAUUUAUACAGCGCUUUUUCUUCCACGACUCAAAGCGAUUUACAUUGAGAAAGUCAUGAUCCACCAUGAAGCUAUAUCCACACCAGUGCGGGUGGCACUGCAUGGGAGCAAGGCGGGUGAAGUGUCUUGGCCAAGGACACAACAGCAGUGAUGGCGGAAGCUGGAUUCGAACCAGGAAUCCGGCUGCUCUACCAUCUGAGCCACGCCCCCGCACCCCACAUCACAUUUCAAUCUAUGGCUGUGCAUGUACAAUACCUGUUUGAACAUUAAACUACAAUAUCAACCUUUUGUGUCGAAUGACGGGUAAACGUUUGAUUUUGUAAAUACAAGCAAUGAAACAAACCUACUAAAUGAUUUGA